UAUAGCGAAACAAAAUGGCGGCGGCUAUGGCAAUGAGUCGGUCUCAGCAUCUUUCCACUUCAAAUAAUUUGGUUCCCGAGUGGCUCUGUGAGGAGGUCACCACCGGGACCACAAUCAUGGCGGUGGAGUUUGACGGAGGGGUUGUGAUUGGCGCAGACUCACGCACUACCACUGGCGCCUACAUUGCCAACAGAGUCACGGACAAGCUGACCCCCAUCCACGACCGCAUCUUCUGCUGCCGAUCUGGCUCGGCUGCCGACACCCAGGCCAUUGCUGACGUUGUCACCUACCAGCUGGGCUUCCACAGUAUUGAGCUGGACGAGCCCCCAUUGGUGCAGACGGCCGCCAAUCUGUUCAAGGAGAUGUGCUACAGGUACAGGGAGGAGCUGAUGGCCGGGAUCAUUGUGGCCGGCUGGGACAAGAGGAGGGGCGGACAGGUGUACACGGUGCCCGUAGGGGGGAUGCUGACGAGGCAGCCGGUGUCCGUGGGCGGCUCCGGCAGCACCUACAUCUACGGUUACGUGGACUCCAACUACAAGACUGGCAUGAGCAAGGAGGAGUGCCUGCGCUUCACAGCGGAGGCCCUGUCUCUGGCCAUGGAGCGGGAUGGCUCCAGCGGAGGGGUGGUGCGCCUGGCCUCCAUCUCCCAGGAGGGGGUGGAGAGACGGGUCAUUCUGGGGAACCAGCUGCCCAAAUUCUCCAGCGCUUAGUUGGUGAAGCAGAGGGGUUCCACAGGGCCACACUAGGGCACAGCUGUCACCCCAUCCUUUUGGAGAGAUACUUAGGAACU